CGCACCUUGUUCGUGAGCGGCUUGCCGAUGGACGCCAAGCCGAGGGAGCUGUAUCUGCUGUUCAGAGCAUACGAGGGUUACGAGGGGUCCCUGCUGAAAGUCACAAGCAAAAAUGGGAAAACAGCAUCGCCGGUGGGGUUCGUGACUUUUCACACGAGGGCCGGUGCAGAAGCGGCGAAACAGGACCUGCAGCAGGGGGUUAGAUUCGAUCCUGAUAUGCCACAAACCAUACGUUUGGAAUUUGCAAAAAGUAACACAAAGGUUAGCAAACCCAAGCAACCAGCCGCUGCAGCAGCCACCUCGCACCCUGCUCUGAUGCACCCUCUAACUGGACACUUAGGGAGCCCAUUCUUCCCUGGUGGUCCUGAAUUGUGGCAUCAUCCAUUGGCGUACUCGACCGCUGGCGAAUUACCCGGCACCCUGCAACACGCGACGCUGGUGCAUCCGGCGUUACAUCCUCAGGUCCCCGCGCCCAUGUCUCUGCCGCAUCCAACGACGCUGACGUCGAUACACGCGUCGUUGCCCCAUUUCCUGCCCUCGCCGGCCCUGGCAUCGCCGGUAGGUUCACCCUCGUCCCAGCCGAACAUUGCAGUGAGCAACGCACCCUGUUCCACCCUGUUCGUGGCGAACCUCGGUCAGUUCGUGUCUGAACACGAACUCAAGGACAUCUUCAGCAGUUUUCCUGGUUUCUCCCGGCUUCGUAUGCACACGAAGGGAGGGUCGCCAGUGGCCUUUGUCGAAUACCAAGACGUUCGCUACGCGGCCCAGGCGAUGGCCACUCUCCAAGGAUCCUUUCUCCUCUCCUCCGACCGGGGAGCAAUACGAAUCGAAUAUGCAAAGUCAAAAAUGGCCGAGGUGGGCUUUACAAAUCUCUGGAUCGAAGGAUCAAAGAGAGAAGAAAACGGGCAACCUUAAGAUCGACAUCAACGGCAUGUAAGAGGAACGAGGGAACACCUGACGUGCUAACACACCCCCAUCCUGUUGAACCAAGAACCUUUUGCAACAACGACAAAGAAACCAUCCACGAGUACAACGUUAUCUAGGCGACAAUUACCAGGUGGCAAAAAUUCGCGUUGUAAUUUGGAGAAGAAACGAGAAGGGGAUGGGGGUGUGGAACCGAAGAGAAGCACGUAGAAAAAAAUCUAUUACACGUACACGCAGAGAAAAGGGAGAAGAGAAAUUAAUAAGGGCAGGGUUCGGCCCUGUCUCGAAGCAGCACCAGUAGGCAAAUUCUUCUUGUAAAUUGUUGCGGAAAACAACACGAGGCGUUCAAAGAGAUUCGCGACUCGCGGGGGGCCCAAAAUAAUCGCGUAUAUAUGAUAUUCCUAGGUAUAUAUAUUUUUUAACGACUUAACUUAUCGAUUCGAUUUAGCCGUGUACUACCUUGUCUAUUUAUUUUCCACCGAGUGUUGCGAUUGCGAUCGACGACGACGAAGCGAGAGACGACGACAGACACGACAGGAUUAAUGCGAAACGCGGAUAACAGGGGAGGGCCGAGUCCGAGGGGCGUCGCGACGCUCCUGCGAAUUUACACACGCCGCGAUUUCGACAAACACGAUUUCGUUUCCGAUCUACACGUUCACAUGCCGGUCAAAAGUUUCAAACCUUUUACGCGAAUCCAAUUAAAAUCGCUCUUAACGUUGUAAGUUAUAACCAGGUGGUAUAACUUCAUUGCGCAUAAUUACUACGCACGUUUAACGACUGCGCAUAAUUACUGCGCACGGUUAAUGACCGCGCAUGAUUACUGCGCAGUAAUGGCUACGCGUGUAUUCUAUAUGCGAGAUCAUUUGAAAAAUAUUACUUCGCAGAACAAUUUUUGUAUAAUUUGGUAAUUUAGAGUCAUUUGCAUUUUAAAUUUUAUGCAUUGGUUAUUACGUAUUUGCAUAAAGCGAUACACAGCUGUUUCGGGAUGAAAAGAACAUCCUGUCAGGUUAAGUGAACUAACCUCACAUUUCUAAGAACACCGAAAAAUUUGAAGGUUUUCUUUAAAAAUAUUUAAAGAAAAAUCAUACAAUUUUUAUUACAUUUCGUACUUCAUUUUAUAUGACAUAUUUGAGAAAAAUUAUGAAUGGUGACAAUUUUUGACCGGUACAUUUACACAGCAGUGUAAAAUCAGUCUUGAAGUUACAUGCGAACGCAUGUAAAAUGAACACACACACAGAUACACAAUCGCGGAAGAUUUUUUUAGAAUGAUCGAGCCCCGCGCUGUCUUCGAGGAAAUUAACACCUUAUAGACAAGGUUCACAUGCUUGUUAACAUAAAAUGUUUAACGAGAAUAGAAAAAAUUACAAUUAAUUUAAAAAAAAAGUAUAAGGGAAUCGUUUAAUCUCUUCAGGGACGAAUUUUUCAUGGUCCCGGUAUUAAACAAGAAUAUAUCCAAUAAAAGAUAAAAUUUGAUAUAAAAAUAAACGAUGCAUACGUAUGUUCCCUGAAGAGUUUAAACCAAUGUGUGAAACUGUGAGGUAGAACGUGCAUGAUCGUCGAUAAGGUGUUAAGAAAUUAAAAUUAAUGAAAUUUGCUAUAUUAUAGACAGGACUUCUUUCGACAGGAAGUAUAAAACGAUUCGCAACACGAUUAUCGAUAUCACUGGGCGUAGUUGUUAAUCCUGGUGUUUUAUGGGGAAAUUGAGUAAACCUGAAGCAAUUUAACUAGUUUCCGCAAGUACACUCGAGUAUUAUGUAGGCUCUCUUUGGAUUAAGACGAGUGGAGGGGAAGCUGUCUUCGAUUUUGGGGAUUAGGCUAUUUUCAAGUCUUCGCAAGUUUUCAAAUUUUUUUAUUGACGAAUUUUCGA